GGACUGGUGUCAGUUGUUGGCACAUCAGAGCCCAAGUCUCCUGCAGUCAUUAUGGCGAGUCUGUACCUGGCUUUGGCCUCUCUGGUUUUGCUGGCUUUAGGCUUCUGUGAGGAGGAGAAGGUCUUCAUGCAGAGAGCUGGAGUGGCCUUCAACAACAGAGAGCACAGGUCCUUGCUGUUUGUCAACAACGGAGAAAGGUUUGGAAACUGGACAUGGCCGGAGAUGUGUCCUGAAAACUUCUUUGCUGUUGGAUUCAGUAUCAGGGUGGAGACCAAUCAGUAUGGAGGGGAUGACACCGCCCUGAAUGGAAUUCGCCUCAUCUGUGCCCAGGACGAGAACAGGAGCUUCCUUUUCUACGUGGAAUCUCACACUGGAUAGUAGGUGGUCUUUUCUCAAAAAUAUUACAAACACAGUGGA